GUUAGUGAUAGCAUAUAUGUUGCGGCUGAAAGGCAAACGCUCCUGAGAAACAUCCGCAUCUUCAGGACAAGUUAGAGACACCAAAAGCAUUUUCUAAGUACAGGAGAAGAUGGAGAACCUUUUAAUGGUGCUGUUGUUUGCCGUGGUCCUCCUGACAGCCCCCUGCUGUUGCGAAGCAGGUAAGACUAUUCCAGAUACAAACCGAGCCAUGGAUGAAGGGAUUAAGAUAAAGAGGGAAGUAGCCAGCGCCUUUGUGAGAAGGCAGAAGAGGUCUUCUCCAUAUUAUGAAAGGUACUAUGAGAUGUUCAAGUCCCCCAUGGAGAUGAAGCAAGAGCAGUGCGAAAACUAUGCACCCUGUGACUACUAUUCCGAAGUUGUGGGCUUUCAUGCAGCCUACAGCCAUUUCUUUGGACGUGCCUAAAACUGGACAUUUUCUUCAUGUUCUUACCUGGCAGGGACAUCUACAGAGGGCAAAUUCAAUGGGGGGUGGGGGAGCAGGGAAGCAAGAAGCAAGAAGCAAGAAGUAGGGCAGAAGGGAAGCAGCAUGUUGGACGCCGGGCAUGUGGCUAACAUUUACACAAUUGUUUCUCUCCAUUUUCAAAAAAGUAUUUGCAUUACACCUUUCUUCUAAAGAGGUCCCCCCCCCCAACAAUUGGAUAGUAGCUGCCUUGUUGGUGAUGAAAUGAACCCACUUUAGGUUUUAGUACAAACUUUAAAUACGAGGUGUAGUGUUUGUUUUGGAGAUGGGAAUGAGUACCCUGGAUUACUCUGUUGAAGUCUGGGCUAAAACUCUUGAGUGGAUUUGCCACUUUGCUGGCAUGGAAGAUGCGGGGCCCCUUCCUCUCGCAGCUGAACAAAAUCCCACAUUUUCUGCUUUGAACUGUGGCAGUGUGAAUUCAGAUAACCCAGUUCAAAACAGAUAUUGUAGGAUUUUCUGCCUUGAUAUUCUGGGUUAUAUGGCUGUGUGGAAUGGCCACAAGUUACCAACCCAUGAGCCACAGCAUUUGCUGGAGAGUCAUUGCCAUUCUGUGAGAAGGGGAGCAGGUAGAGUGGAUCAGACAGAACUGGGCCAAGCAACCACCAACCCUUAGUCCCAAUGGGACACUCUAUAGCAAUGGUUCCCAACCUUUUUUUGACUAGGGACCACUUUGAUUAGGGGUCACUCUCCAAUAUUAGUACCAAAAGGGUUACGAAUCAGUUUUUUUUAUCAACUUGGUUAUUUGGGGUGUUAAUUCAGAAAAUUGCAUUGGAUAGACCAAAUCAACUCUAGUUUCUGAUACAGAACAUAUGCCUUGUAGUAGUCAGCCUAUCCCCACCUGACAUCCCUGUUGCCUUGGAACUAUAAGAGGGUUUCGCGAGACCAGUUGCUCUCAUUGCCACGAGGCAACAGUGUAGUAAUGGUUGGGAACCACUGCUCUAUCAUUUUUGUGCUUGUGAAACCCAGUGUUGCUGCAAAAUAUCCAAGGGAACCAUGUUCUUCAGAAGCUUUGAGGGCAUAAUCUUUAAUCUUUACCUGUGGAGAGAAAACUUUACAACCAACAGUGUUUGCCAUUUCAUGCCUCAGAUGAAGAACCUGUACAACCAUUUGGCCUUCUUCACAGAAUUUUAUGGGAGGUCCAGGAAAUCUAUUCUUACAUUUCUAACUCUGUAGUGUCCACCCCUGCUCUUUCCGUAUUUUUUUCUUACCAGAAAAGAACUUAUUAAAGAAAGAAAAGACAAAA